GGGGGCGUGACCGAGGCGUGUUACGUAAACGGCCCAACCAGUUCUGCUCUGUUUAGUGCCCCUGCAUCACCAGCAGCUGAUCCAACAGGAUCCAGAACCCUUUGCUCUCACCAGGACACCCUCUCCUCUCCCCACCAACAAAGUGUUGCUCAGCUGCCUUGCUCUUCAGAACCGUACUGGCUGCACAGCAGAAUGGCGACCUCCCUGCUGAGGAUGGGACGCUUGAGCCAUGCUAAGUGUUUACAGGCCGAGAGCUGGAUGACUCUGAGCAGAAUGCCUCCAGCUGCAGCUUUGAGCUCAAAAUCUGGACCGAAGAAGCCAGUCAGUACAGCCAACCCAGACAAAAAACAGCCAAAAACAUACUUCGAUAUAGAAAAACUCGUUCAGCACAAACCAUACAAGUUUCCCAAGAAGGACAUUAGUUCUCCGGCAGCCUCCACCACAGCAGCAAAAGCUGCAGUUAGAGCCCCCGUUUCAUCUGUAACCAAGCCUAAAAUCCAUGCUGCUGCACCUGCGGUUGUGGUGUCCACCUCUGACAUCAAGGCUCCCACCCCAGUGAUAGAAGUCACUCCUACUGUCAAUGCUGUCAAUGAGCCCGCUUCAGCAGCUGAAGCAAAAACAGCAGUGGAAGCCAUCCCUGUGGCUGAAGGUGUUUUAGAAUCUAAGCCAGUUGGGUCAUCUGACCCGGUUAGUGAAGUUGCACCCACUGCUGAGUCAACCAAAGCUGUCGUUGAAGCUGUUGAAGAUUCAUCUGUGGAAACAGCUUCUUCUACAGUGUCUGAUGCUGAAUCAGCAAUAGAUCCCACUCUUGAUACAGAAACUAAGCCAACAGCAGAAGCUGCUGCUAAAGUUCCAGUUGAAGAAAUUGUAGAGGAUCUGCCCAAACAAGCUCUUUUCGAGACUUUAACAAGUAACACAGUGGAAGUUGCUCCUGGAAGAGUAGCCCCAGAGCCCCCCACUGUAGAGGUGGACCCAGUGCUGGUGGCUGAAGUUGCUCCUGCAGAGGUGAUCGCAGAGCCCACAAUUAAAGAAGCUCCAGAACCUGUAGCUGAAGCUGCACUCAUUGUUGAAACUGCUUUUGAAGAUUCAAUUCCUGAACCCGUUGCCAAAGAUGCUUCUAUAGAGGUGACCACAGAGCUGAAGGCUGAAGCUGCCCUGGAGCCUAUGGCUGAAGUGGAUGUGGCCCUAGAACCCAUAGCUGAAGCUGUACCUGUUGAGGUGAUCACAGAACCCACAGAUGAAGCUGCACCUGUAGAGAAGACCACAGAACCCAUAGAUGAAGCUGCACCUGUAGAGAUGACCACAGAACCCAUAGAUGAAGCUGCACCUGUAGAGAAGACCACAGAACCCAUAGAUGAAGCUGCACCUGUAGAGAUGACCACAGAACCCAUAGAUGAAGCUGCACCUGUAGAGAUGACUACAAAACCCAUAGAUGAAGCUGCACCUGUAGAGAUGACUACAGAACCCAUAGAUGAAGCUGCACCUGUAGAGAUGACCACAGAACCCAUAGAUGAAGCUGCACCUGUAGAGAUGACCACAGAACCCAUAGAUGAAGCUGCACCUGUAGAGAUGACUACAGAACCCAUAGAUGAAGCUGCCCAGGAGCCCGUGACUGAAGCAGCUCCAGUAGACGGAACCCCUGAGUCCUUGCCUGAAGCUUCCACCACUGGCAAGAGUGCAGAGGAGCUGAUUGAACCUGUCCCGAUCUCAGCUGAGGCUGCAGAAGAGGAGCUGCAAGGGGAGGCUACCACUGAACCGGUUCAACCAGUUGAACCAUCUGAGGCUCAAAUGGACCCCAUUCAGAAGCUGUUCCUGGACUCCAUACGGCAGUACUCCACUAAAAGCCUGUCGACUGGGGGUCUGGUUGAUGCUGGCUCAGAGUAUGAGAAGGCUUUGGCAGAGGAGAUAGCAAAGCUUCAGAGGCUGUAUGGUGGAGGAGACCUAACGUCAUUCCCUGAGUUCAAGUUUACAGAACCCCAGUUGGACGAAGUUUCCCCAAAGUGAACGUCUGAAUUUUUCAACUCAAACUUCUUUUUUACCUUUUUUUGUACUUCUCUUUUGUAUAGUGGAACAGAUGUGUGACACUGAAGUCUUUCCUCUAGUUUUGUGUGCUGAGUUAUUGUUCAUUUUUAAACCGGAGCUAGUGUAAUAUGUGCAUAAAGACACUUUAGCUGUGAAUUAAACUUAAUUGUAGUUGACUUAACCGAAGAAAACCAAUAAACUUCACUUGAAAUCA